GAGAACUCCCUACUUGGUCAGAAUCUUGAAUUCAUAAAACCUCUGAAGUCCCCAGAAACAAAGACUUCGUGGACAAAAUCCCUUGGAAUCAGAGAAAAGCCAGGAUGGAAACUACAGUCACCACAGAAGAGUACAGCACGGCCACAGAAUUUGACUAUGGGGAUACAACCCCAUGCCAGAAGAUGAAUGAGAGGGCCUUUGGGAUCCAAUUUCUGCCCCCUCUGUACUCUCUGGUAUUUGUCAUUGGCCUGAUUGGCAAUGUCCUGGUGGUCCUGGUCCUCGUGCAAUAUAAGAGGCUCAAAAGCAUGACCGGCAUCUACCUCCUCAACCUGGCCUUUUCCGACCUGCUCUUCCUCUUCACGCUGCCCUUCUGGAUCCACUACAGGUUGAAGGACAACUGGGUCUUCGGUAAUGCCAUGUGUAAGCUCCUUUCUGGGUUCUAUUACAUAAGCUUGUACAGCGAGAUCCUUUUCAUCAUCCUGCUGACCAUCGACAGGUACCUGGCCAUUGUUCAUGCUGUGUUUGCCUUACGGGCACGGACCGUCACCUUUGGUAUCAUCAGCAGCAUCAUCAUCUGGGUCCUGGCCAUCCUGGCUUCCAUCCCAGGCUCACACUUUUCCAAGACCCAGUGGGAGUUAAAUCGUCACACCUGCAACCUUCAUUUCCCCCACCAAAGCCUACAAAAAUGGAGACUGUUUCAGGUUCUGAAACUGAACCUCCUGGGUCUGGUUUUGCCUCUGUUGGUCAUGAUCAUCUGCUACACGGGGAUUAUAAGGAUUCUGCUCAGACGACCCAACGAGAAGAAAUCCAAAGCUGUUCGCCUGAUUUUUGCCAUCAUGUUCAUCUUCUUUCUCUUUUGGACCCCCUACAAUCUGACUUUACUGAUUUCUGUUUUCCAAGAAGUCUUGUUCACCCGUCAGUGUGAGCAGAGCCGCCAUCUGGACCUGGCCCUGCAGGUGACAGAGGUGAUCGCCUACACGCACUGCUGUCUCAACCCAGUGAUCUACGCUUUUGUUGGCGAGAGGUUCCGGAAGUACCUGCACCAGCUGUUCCACAGGCAUGUGGCUGUGCGCCUGGCUAAGUGGCUCCCCUUCCUCUCCACUGACAGGCUAGAGAGGGCCAGCUCCAUGUCUCCCUCUACGGGGGAGCAUGAACUCUCUGCUGGGUUCUGA